UCAUAUAAAUGCAGAGGUUGGCAGAACUCAGUCAUGAGAGGGAUCCUUCAGUAGGGCAGCUGGAGAACCUACAGGACAGAGAGUUUUUGUUUGCACACGGACCUGCUCUAAAAGUUUUGUGACGGGCGGGGCCGGCAGCAGCAGACGAAGUCGUGAUCCUGCGCUGUUUGCUGAAAUGGGAAUCACUCUGUCACUUUGGCUGCAGGGCAAAUCAGCUGGCAGCCCUCCAUCCUCUUCAUCAGCUUUCCCUCCGCUGGCUGUGCCAAUUUCCUCUCGCCUUGCCAUCAUUCUGAACUCCUCUCCAGUUCCUCCGGGAGACCGUCGCUCACGUUGGAGCUCUGUCCACCGCUCUCCUCAUUUCCUGCUCUCUGCCUGCAAAGAGGAAGUGACACGUGCACCCACUGAGCAGAGCAGUGAUGGCGUUCGGGCUGAGCUGGGGGUGAUGUGUGGACUUCAUGUCUGGGAGGUGUGUUGGAGUCCCAUCCAACGUGGAACCCACGCUGUUGUAGGCGUUUCCACGCAGAACUGCCCUCUGCAGGCCGUGGGGUACAACGUGCUGGUCGGCAGAAACUCACAAUCCUGGGGCUGGGAACUUAAAUCCAAUCAUCUAUGGCAUGAUGGGCAAAGUUUGGGGCUGUACCCUGGAGAGGGGAGGAGGAGUUGUUCUGAGGGGACGCUGGAUUUAAGGCCACAGUCCCACACUUCUUCAAGUAUCCCAAAAGAUGCACAGAUGUCACAGACGCCUCUCCCCAUCCCUGAGCGCAUCCUGCUGGUCCUGGAUGCUGAUGCGGGGACGCUGGGAUAUGUUGUUGAUGGCAGCUUCCUUGGCAUAGCUUUUAAGGACCUCCCUUGUGGGGUGGAGCUAUUCCCAGCAGUGAGCAGUGUGAGGGGAGGAGCCAACAUCCGGCUAUGUUAUUUAAAUGGGGCCACACGUGAUCCUCCAGCCCUGAUGGCUUUAUGUGGCCUGUCCAUCCGACAGUUGUUAGGACAGCAGGGACACGUCCAAACACAGAAACUGCCUCUGCCUCCUGUCCUCCAGAACUACCUGAUGUCUAACAUACCCUCAGACAAAGACGUACCUACAACAGCAAAAUGUUCAUCAUUUGCCAAAGACUGACACCACAUUUUUAUUUGACGAAUGAACAGUGA